GAAGACGCAAUCUUAGGCACAAGGGAUGAGUUUCUUGGAAACCUAGGUUUAUAUAACUGACGAUGAAAUGUUGGUUUUACUGACUGAAGCAUCAUAGCACAGUGACGCUAUAUGUAUUGUUUUUUGUGAAUUCUGAUGUAAUUGCAGAUGAGCCGUAUCUACCAGGACUAGAUGUGAUCUGAAGUCAGGGUCUAAUGAAUAGGUGUGCACUCUAUCAUCAACCACCGUUAAUAGCUACCAGGCGCUGGAGAUGGGCACAUGCUCGCUUGAUGGCAUCGCCGUGUUGAAAAAAUAUUGACGGGUAUCUAUGGUUUAAAGAAAAGAUAUACUGCUACAUUUUUGUUUUGGGAAGUAACACUGGUGAAAAUAUAAAUCAUGGAAAAGGAUUCGUCAAAGUGUGUGGCUUUAAAAAGUGGAAUAUUUUGUGUUAUAAUUUUAAAGUUUUUUAUUUGGACUGCGAAUUGUCAAAGGGCUCCAAGAGCAGAACUUGACAUCAUUCUGCCGGAUGUAGAUAAAGUCGUCAAAUCCAUUAAUAAUAGAAAUUUGUUCGGUAUCAUGAGAUCCAUCAGAAGAAUGUACUCUCCAUUUCCAAGAAUUAUAAAACUGGAGAACAGUAAUCCGAGCGAGAUUCUAGAAAUUUUCUGUGAAACCGUGUUUAAAAAGAAUGUGAAUGCUUUAGUUCACCUGAGUGUCACCAGAAAAGCGGAAAAAUCUAAGGAUUACAUUCUAGGUUUAGCAACUAGUCUUGGACUUCCGGUCCUUUCGUUUGAUCCGGAUUAUGUGGGGGCGCUAGAGACAACUAAACUACAAGACAGCGGUGAUGGAUCGAACCCCCAAAACAGGAUGGUCCUGCAGUUGGCCCCCACCCUUUACCACCAGGCCCAGGCUAUGCUCAAGUUUAUGAUGACCUUCAACUGGACACAUUUCACUGUGGUAUCCACGACGGAAGACAACAAUUUUGACUUUACUGCAGCUUUAAGGACACUUGUAAAAAAGAAUAAUGACGUCAACAUCCUCAGCGGCCAGUUUAGGUUCAAAAUUAUGAAAGAGAUCAUAUUUGAGUACGAUGACAAUGAUUCAUAUGACGUCAUGACUCAGAAGGCCGUCCACUUCUUCAGAACACAAACCCCGAAAGACACCAGGAUUUUCUUAUUACAUUCAGGUCAGGCGAAAACCCUCUUGGACGCCGCUGCAGAGGCUGGUUUAACUACAUACAAAUAUUUAUGGAUUGUGACAUCACAGAGUAUCGGAAUUCCCACAAAGAGAGCUUCCAGGUCUUAUCCACUGGGAACAAUAGGUGUGAGUUACGUGACAACAGACAGUAACUAUGCAGAUUCUGUCUACAGAAGAGCUGUAGAGGUGGGCGUGGCCACCUGGGUGGGAGCAUUGCAGAAACUGAGAGGGCGUGUCCUUCAACCGGAUUUCACAUGCAAUACUUCCGUCCCUGCUUCACCCUGGGACGCUGGACAUGAAUUAUACAACUUGAUGAAAACCUAUGAAAACACACGAGGGGGAACUCUUGUCAGCUAUGACGAAAACGGCUUGAGUCGGAAUGUGGAACUAAACAUUCUUAAUGUACAACUGGAGGGGUUCAGCAAUGUGUGGCGAGAGAUCGGAAGUUGGUAUGCAGAUAAUCGCACCCUCACUCCUAAACUAGAGUUGAAAGGGAUCACAUGGCCGGGGGACAAGAAAAUCCCUCCCCGCGGGAGACCUGAGCGGAGGUACUUCUCUAUAGCCACUCUGGAGGAGGAGCCCUAUGUUAUGUACACAAAGAGGAACGAGAAGGGGACCUGUAAUCCUCCCGCCGUAUCGUGUAGAAUAAUGUACAAUAAAACUUUACAUGGCGACGACCCCACAGUAGUUAAUGGAACCAUACAAUGGUGCUGUGCCGGCCUCAGUAUAGACCUACUGGAGAUCUUUAGAACACGCCUAGAGUUUGACUAUGACCUGUUUGAAGUCCAAGAUCGUACGUGUGGAGUUAAGAACCAGAAAACUGGUCAGUGGAACGGUCUAAUUAGGAUACUCCAAGAGGGCGGGGCCGACAUGGCUCUGACGUCACUCCAAAUAACACCCAGCAGAUCUGAAGCUGUAGAAUUCACAGUUCCAUAUUUGGAAACAGGGACGUCAAUUAUCGUUUAUCUGCGAAAUGACACCAUCUCAGCUUACGCAAUUCUGGAGCCUUAUGAUUACGGGGCGUGGUGUCUCAUUCUCUUCAUCAGCGUCCACUCUGUAGGGGCGUCUAUUUUUAUCUUUGAAUGGCUGAGUCCCCGGGGCUUAGAUCAAGGGAGGACUCCAAUGCGAGAGCAUUCCUUUUCCCUUUUCCGCUCUUUUUGGUUGAUGUGGGCCAUGCUUUUUGGCGCCUCAGUGUCAGCUGAUAAUCCACGUGGUGUGUCGGCCCGUUUCAUGGGAAAUGUCUGGGCACUGUUCGCUCUAGUGUUCCUCGCCAGCUACACAGCGAACCUGGCGGCCUUCAUGAUCACCAAAAACACGUUCUAUGAUCUAGAGGGUAUCACGGAUUGGCGGUUGAAUUCCCCUCUUAAACAUCAGCCACCUUUCAAGUUUGGGACUGUGUUUAACAGCAGCACAGAGGAAAACCUGCGCGUGAACCAUCCCGCCAUGUUCAAAUACAUGCUACAGUAUAAUACUCGGUCUGUGAAAGAAGCCAUUGAUCUCCUGAGAAAAGGAGAAAUUCAAGCCUUUAUCUAUGACUUCACCCCUUUACAAUACCAAGUAGGCAUCGAUAAAAACUGUCGGUUGAUGUUGGUUGGUAAGCCAUACGCCAUGUCUGGAUAUGCAGUGGCCUUUCCCAAGGGCCAAACAGAGCUCAAAGAGGAACUGGACGAACUAAUUUUAGAAUUGCAAGAUGACGGUGAACUCGAAAGACUCCGGAAGUAUUGGUUGUCGGGUCCAUGUUAUUCCAAGCAGCGGAUUGGACAAUCCAGUCAGAGGCUGCGCGAGCUAAAUUUCACCAGCGCUUUUAUCCUGUUAGCUUCCGGAAUUGUGUUAGGAGGAUUACUUCUAGUGAUGGAGCACCUGUAUUUCCGGUUCGGCCGAAAAUAUUUGAAAAAGUACGAUAAGUGUGGAUGCUGUGCUCUUGUCAGUCUGAGCAUGGGAAAAUCAUUAACAUUUGAGCAAACAAUUAUGGAAGCCAUAGAUUUAAAAAAGAAACACAAGUGCAAAAACCCUAUAUGUGAAACCCAGCUUUGGAAGGUUAGACAUGAAUUGGAUAUAGCCUUGUUAAAGGUCGAAAAACUUACAAAGGAGUUAAGACGCGAAAGGAAUUUAAAUGCAUUAAUUUCAAGGCGUAAUGAGACUGCCGCUACUUCUGAUCCUUUACCAAUAGGAUGGAAAGACAGUGAAGCAAAUGAUAAACCCCCCGACUCCACUGAAAAUACAGAUCUGGAUAACCUCAAACCUGAUAACAAUAUACGACGUUCUCCUAGCUAUACUCAGGCGGUGACCUCUGACCCGUCAGAUGACGACGAGGUCAGGCAACCCGAGAGGUCAGACAUUAGGUAUAGAGAAGGAAAAGUUUAUCAAAAAGUUGAUGGUGGCGAAGUUUGAAAAAAGUCGCAAGGAUUUUAUUUUUUAUCAUCAUGUGAUUCAGUAUGCUACAAUCAGCAUUACACCCUCUAAUGCUCAGAACCGUCCAUUUGUGCCAAACGGCGGCAGACAACAACUAUUUGGAGUUUCUUCCCCCUCAAAGCAACGAGCUGAACACCAAUGACCACACGUUGUGUGUGUCCUGCUUGAAGGAUUAUAUUAAAGUGCCUUAGUAUUAGCCAAACUUGUUGGAGAAAGAAUUAAGUUCAUCAUAGUUUACAAUUAUUAGCUGCUGAUUAUCUAACAAGGAAAGAACAUUAAGUGAAUUUUCAAUUAACGUACGUGAUUCUAUUGUACAGAGUGCAAAAUAAGACUGUUUGAAAGUAGAUAAUGAUUAUAUGUUAUAUAAAUGUUAUUUUGUGUAUAUGUGGGAUUAAAGUGUCAUUAUAACUGUUUAACUAAAAACAAUUGUUCUUCUUCUGCUGGGAGUUCCAAUUACUAGCUUUUUCCCUCAUAUGACUAAAUCUGAAUUCUCGGACAUUUUCAUGGUACAAGUCGGAAAAUCCCGCGAUUUUUGUAGGACUGCAAAACUCUGAAUACAUGUAUUAUUUUCAGAGCAAAGAAAUGGGAUAUCUCAAAGAUCAAUUGAUCAUUAACGUAGGUUUUUUCUUUCAUAGUGCAGUAAUAGUAGACAUAGGGAUC